AUGGCCCUAGCAGUCCCCGAAAAGCUCAAGGGGAUAUUGAGCAUCCGACCCACAUUUAUUGCAUUGCAUUGUGGGUUCUUCCUCCUUGCUCUCACUUUUCUCUCUCCCUUACACCCCCUCUUGCCUCCCGAUCGAAGGAUGGGUGAAUAGGUAACGGAUGGAAUGUAGAUAUCUACAUCGUAUUCUUUGUUCUCUUGGGCGCCGUGGUGAUAUACCUUGGCGGUGGGGUAUCGUUUGUCGAUGCGAUAUUUUUUUCCUCGUGCGUUUUCCUCCCGCUCCCCUCCACCAACGUGUCUAUCCGAGCAGGGCCGUAUCAUAUUAACCGCGAACCGGGGAACUGCAGUGGUUCGGCGACACAGUCUGGUUUGAAUACGUAUGUCACCUCUUUCUUCACCCCCUCGAUCCGAUAUCCCUGAUCUCGCUCUCCUGAUACCCGGUUCUUGGGAAACCGGGGACAUGGUACAAGUACCGUAUUGGCGGUGAACCAAAGUGGUUCAUGCGCUCAUUCACCCAUAGGGCACCGGAAUCUUCCCGCACUCGCAGGGUGAAACCGGGGAUCCCUCGCUUAUGUAAUUCACCCGGUUGGAAGGGAAAGGAGGGGCUAACGUACGAGAUGGUGUGAUAGUGUCGACCUGAACAAGAUCAACACCUUCCAGCAGGUUAUCACGUACUUGUUGCCGUUCGUGACGUCUACCAUAUUCGCGCACGCUCUUGUCGUGUUUGUUAGGAUAUACUUUUUUGAGAAGAGGUUCAAGCAUAUUGGUAUGCCCCUCUCCCUUCCCUCCAUUACCCUUCCGUGCCUCCUCCCCUCGGCUAUCGGUGGUGGUCGGAGGGUAAUGCGGCGCGAGCGAGAGAUCCAGUCGACGAAGCCAAGAAGAAUACCCAACUGCAGAGAACGGUGAGCGCUGCAAGACGGUCGGGGGAUAAUGUCAGGGAUGGAAAUGUGGAGAGUGGGAUAGGUAUGUGCUUUACCCCCCUUCUACAGCAUUUACCCCCUUCCACCAUCACCGUAGCUGUUAAUUGACGUCUUGUUUUGAGAACAGUGGUCCCGAGAGCCGCAGAUGGAAGUGCUCUCCCGACACAAACGACACAAACCCCAUCAAACAGUGAUGCAGACGCCACCCCCCACCCACCCGAAGCACCAACUGGCGGCCGCAUUGUAUGGGAUGUGCCGGCCUCCCAAGAUGCCCACCAAACAGCGGAAGAAAAGGCCCACUACUACGACACCUCUCGAUCGACAGCGGGGGCAAUCCGCCGCCCUUCGACAGACACAAUUCAGGAGAUAACGGAUGCCAGCGGCAUCACUCGCCUGGAUACAGGACCCGCUUCCUCUUCCUGCCGUUCACGAGCACUAAGUCGUGAAAAUCCCCGGAACCGUAGCCGCCCCCGCCUUAGUCCCCGCAAGAGUACGGACGACCUGCCAGCACCGUACCUCAGCUAUACCCCCAGCAUCGGGCGCAAUUCCCGCUUCUACCACCUAACGGAAGAACAGAGAAAUGAGCUUGGCGGUAUUGAGUAUCGCAGUUUGAAAACGUUGGCGUGGAUCCUUGCUGCCUAUUAUGUUUUUUUUCACGUUUUUGGUGUGAUUGUGCUCGUGCCAUAUAUUCUGCGGUCGCUGAAGUAUGGGAAGGUUAUGGAUGACAUCGGGGUUAAUAGGGCCUGGUGGGGAGUUUAUAACGCCAUGUCCUGCUUUGGCAACGUUGGCUUCACGCUCACCCCGGAUUCGAUGAUUUCGCUUCAGAGGGCGACGUUGGCACUGCUUGUUUGCGCGCUUUUGAUUGUCGCUGGGUUAGUUGCUAUCUCCGUCCCUUUAAACGAUUAAACUCUAUCCUAACUCGGGCAGGAAUACGGGAUUCCCGCUAUUUCUGAGGCUCACUAUAUGGUGCCUUUUCAAGAUGUGCCCGGAGAGGUACCCGGAUAAGCGUGAUGUAUGUUUCAAGGGACUGUCCCGUAGGUAUACUAACAUGCCAAUAGGAAUUGAAUUUCUUGCUAGAUCACCCUCGGCGAUGCUUUACGCUGCUCUUUCCCAGUGGGGUAGGUCCCCAUCACAAAUAGUCACAUCAGCUAUAACUAACCAUAGCCAAACAGCCAACGUGGUGGCUCUUCUGGAUCCUAGUCGUAAUCCACCCUCCCUUCCCCCUCAAAUACCAAACUUUAACAGAACUCAGGUCCUCAACGCCGCCGACGUAAUCCUCUUCAUAGUGCUAGACCUCCAAACCCCCGUCGUAGAAUCUAUCCCAGCCGGCUACAGGGUCUUAAAUGCCUUCUUCCAAGCCAUCUCGACCCGCACUUCCGGCACCGCCUCCGUCCCGCUCGGUUCCCUGCACCCCGGCAUUCAAUGCAGUUACCUUAUAAUGAUGUACAUCUCUGUACUCCCACUCGCAAUCUCCAUCCGUCGCACGAACGUGUACGAGGAGCACUCAUUAGGGAUCUAUAUCCCCCCCGGCGAAGCCACGGAAGCGCAGAAGGGGAAUGGGAAGGAUGAAGGGAGCUAUAUCAAGGCGCAUAUACGCAAGCAGUUGGAGUUUGACCUUUGGUAUGUGUUCUUGGGUCUGUUUCUGAUAUGCAUUGCGGAGGGGAGAAGGAUUGAGGAUGCGAGUGAUUACGUAUGAUCUCACGUCCCAUUUCUGAUCCUGGCUAACGCGAGUGUAGGCGUUCACCGCAUUCAGUGUAUUUUUCGAGGUCGUUAGCGCCUAGUAACUAUCUCCAUCUCUCCUUCUUCCUCCACUAUGCUAACAAUACCAGCGGUACCGUCGGCCUAUCACUCGGCUAUCCAGGCAUGAACACCUCCCUCUCCGGAACCUUCACCACAUUCAGUAAACUCGUGAUCGUGGCAAUGGAGAUCCGCGGCCGGCAUAGAGGUCUCCCAUACGACGUCGAUCGCGCAGUGUUAUUGCCUAGCGUGACGUCUCUGGAUUCGGCGUUCGCACCGGCUGGGGUUAGGUUGGAAAGGGCGAAGAGCAAAGAGACUGGGAAGGAUGAGAAUAUCUAGCACGGAGGUACUGUGGGCAGGUAGGGUUGUGGAUUAGUGGAUGGGCCCAUAUGUCGUAGCAUGUUUCCGGAUGGUGGAAGUGAAGCGGCGAAGUGGAGGCUUUGGAUUGCGCAGUUCAAGCUUAGCGCUGCGUUGUAGAAGGAGAAUGUAUUUGAUGGACUUUUGUGACACUACGAAGAUGGGUAGGCGUUGGUAUCUGGAGGAGGGAAGGGAAGGGGAUGUUCUCUUGUAGGUCGCAUUUUUAGCACUGUCUACAUAUCCGCGGCACAUAACCUGGCAAUAUAUCUUAUUACCCA